AUGGUCUUUUGGAGUUUUACCACCACCUCAAAAGUAGUUGUCUUACUCCUAAGCCUCCUGUCCCUCCUUCAACCCCUCACCUCUAUCCGCCUUGGCCUUGUCCGUUUACCCUUGCCGGACCUCCCUUCUUUUCGCGAAGCUCCAGCUUUCCGGAACGGCGUUGGAUGUGGCUCCUCAGAAGCCGAUCGGAUAAACGUUGCCAUGACCCUAGAUGUAAAUUACCUACGUGGAACAAUGGCUGCGGUAUUAUCCAUGUUGCAACAUUCAACAUGUCCAGAAAAUCUUGCUUUUUACUUUUUAUCUGCUCAUGAAUCUCCUAAACUAUUCACAAGCAUAAGAACAACGUUCCCUUAUCUAAACAUGACGAUUUAUCGGUUCGACUCUAACCGUGUCCGCGGCAAGAUAUCAAAGUCCAUUCGACAAGCACUAGAUCAGCCUCUAAAUUAUGCAAGGAUAUAUCUUGCAGAUACAAUACCGGAGAACGUACAACGUGUUAUAUAUUUAGAUUCCGACCUUGUCGUGGUGGACGAUAUAGCUAAACUCUGGAGUGUAGACAUGGAAGGGAAAAUAGUAGCUGCACCAGAAUAUUGCCAUGCAAAUUUCUCAUUGUAUUUCACGAAAGAGUUUUGGGAGGAUCCCUUUCUUUCGAAGACGUUUAAGGGAAGAAACCCUUGUUAUUUCAACACUGGUGUAAUGGUGAUGGAUGUGGACAAAUGGAGAAAAGAAAAAUAUACAGAAAAAGUUGAAGAAUGGAUGGCGGUUCAGAAGCAACGUAAGAGGAUAUACCAUUUAGGUUCUCUUCCACCAUUUUUGUUGGUUUUGGCAGGGAAUAUUAAAGCGGUUGAUCAUAGAUGGAACCAACAUGGUUUAGGUGGUGAUAACCUUGAAGGUAGAUGUAGAAGCCUACACCCUGGUCCUAUUAGUUUGUUGCAUUGGAGUGGAAAGGGUAAACCAUGGUUGAGGUUGGAUUCUCGAAAGCCAUGCAUUGUGGACCAUUUAUGGGCUCCUUAUGAUCUAUAUCGAUCUUCGAGAAACUUUUUCGAAGAAUAA